GUCGCCAAAUACGUGAUUCCAUUUAGUGACGCUUACAAAAAUAUAUUUACGAUUAAAUAUCCGUUUGAGUUACAAAGUCAUAAUACAUUAACUAUGAAUCUAUUUUAGUCAAUAUCCAAAUAAAUAGUACGAGGUAUUUUAUGAUUCAACAAGGGAGAUAACGCAGUGUAUAAAAAUCUCUCAAACGCAAACAUUAAUCUGCCUCGGUAGCACUGUUAAUUAAUUUUGCUGAGUGAUUGACAGUAAGAACAGCUGAUCAAACGGGAUAUAAAAAGCCAGGAUUUAUUAACAAUGGAAGGAGUCGCUGUCAAAGUAAUAAUAAAAGCACCGAAUCAGCAGAUAAAAGAUCAAAUCGUAAAUUGUGAUAUUGGGUGGACCGUUCGCCAAUUAAAAGAACAUUUGUCCGAUGUUUAUCCUAGUAAACCAGAACGAGCAAGUCAGAAACUUAUAUAUUCAGGACAAUUAUUAAAUGAUUCCACAUGUUUAAAAGAUGUGUUAAGACACUGUAAUGGGCAAGAAGAUCAAACCUAUAUAGUUCACUUAGUCUGUGCUUCACAAAAAACAUCAACAAAUAAAAUAACUGAACAAGUUGUGGAAAAUACAAAGACAAUUUCUAUUGCAAGAAGUACAGUGGAAAAUACGAGAUUAAAUAAUACAAAUAAUAUACAGAAUCAAAGUCAACAUAUUACUAAUGUUGCUACGCAACAUACUCCGGCACAAUUGUAUUCUACACUACAAUAUUUUGAUCCACGAAAUAGUCAACAAAUGGCUUGGAUGCAACAAGCAUAUACCCAUUAUUUUACACAAUAUAUGCAACUGAUGGCAGCACAAGGAAUACAAUUACAGACUAGCAUUCCAUAUGUUCAGCAAAUGAAUGUCAAUACAAAUGAUAAUGUUCAAAAUCCAUAUACAAAUAACACAAAUAAUAAUAAUAAUAAUAAUAAUAAUAAUAAUAAUAAUGUAGGUGAUGAGCAACAACAACCUGCUGCUCAAGAAGCUGAUGUUAAUGGAGGAAAUAAUGGUGCUGGAGAAGACGGUGCAUUUAACAGAGAUUGGCUAGAUGUUUUUUAUAUGCUGUCCAGAAUAAUUCUUUUUUUCACUUUAGUAUAUUUUUACUCAUCUCCUCUAAGAUUUCUUAUUGUUACGUUUCUUGGCUUUGCAAUGUAUCUAUAUCAAGGUGGUUUUUUCCGGGUACAACCUAUUCUAUUACCUGAAAAUAAUAAUGGUAGAGGAGAUCGGGUGGAUAACAAUAACCAAAUAUUACAAAAUGAAGCAAUAGGUCCACAACCUGCACAGCAACAAAAUGGUCAAGUGCCAGCUGUACAAGCAGAAGCAAGAACAAAUGCAAAUGAAGAACACGAAGAGGAAAGACCUGGUGCACUUGCUUUUACCUGGACAUUUUUCAGUACAUUUUUUGCUUCACUUUUUCCAGAUCAACCAAAUGUUAUUUAAUUUUAACAAAUGUCAGUUUCUUACACUUAACUUUGUUGUAAAAUUAAUUUUCUUUGUUUUACAUAUAUUUUUAAAACAAGACAUUAAAUCUGAUGAGGUGGUCUCUCUUUACAUAUAUACUUAAUAAAUAUUGAUAUCAAGAGAAGCGUUAUUAAGAAUCCUAAAAAGGACAUUUUUGAGAAAAAGAAUUUCAAAAAGAUUUUACAAAUUUUCCAAGUAUAAAAAUCUUGUAUACAAUGAUAAGUAUAUAUAGAUAUACAUAUUAAAUGUACACAUAAACUGAAUAGCAUUUUUUAUAAAUACUGUUAUUCAUAUACUUCUAAUAAUUUUAUGCAUGUAUUACUUUAAUUUCAUUGAGACUACCUCAGGGUCUAUAAACAAAAUAAAUUUAUUGAAAAAGUAAAUCAUCCCAAAUUGUUUAGAAUUUGUUGUAUAAUAAAUUUUCUGUUUUUCUAGUUCUAUAAAGGUACAACGAGAAAAGUAUAUACUGUGUAUAUAAAUAAAAUUAUUGUAGAGCUUAUAAGGUGUUGAUAAAUAUAAAUACCAAAAAUAAA